AUGAGCGGAAAGGCACGCGGUUGCCCCAGGGAGGGUGAAUCCUCUGUGCAACCGUAUGAAUGUAAAAAUAUGGAGGAGGCAUGCGAUAGCGCAUGGCUUCUGUGGGAAGCUACAAUGCUUGCGGCUGCCUUGGAUGCCUAUCGGAACACGAACCUUAGACGAGAUUUCCCCGACUUCGGCCCGUGGGCGUUCAGCAGCACUGCAGAAGACGGAAGGCACAAGAAGAACGACCUACGCCUCUUCGUGGGCCUUUGUUUCCGUUUGCUGAGCCUAUUGGGCUGUCAACUGCCUGAUAUCGACUACGACUGCGUUGAAGCUGCAAUUGAAGCGAUACAUGCCUCAGUUGUCAAGAUUAAAGUUGUGGACUCAUUAUAUGAAGUGCAGGACCUUAUGCUUGCAAAGAAAAGCCGCCUUUCCUUCGCCCCCUCGGUUUGCACUAUUGCGUUAUCCGCCCCGGCAGCGCCCGUUGCAGCGAAACCAGUUGUGAGCAGAAAAACUAUCAAAGAAGGGGAGUUCUUGCAGACGGAAGAGCGCCUCUGGAUGACCUCUGACGUGCGGCCCAUCGCUAGUCACAGUACCUGUCCUGGUGUUCGCUGGAGACAGCACCAGCGAGCCCUCAAGUCAAAGCAAGCAGAGCUGCAGUGCCAAGUCCGAAAACUCAAGGCGGUUUUGCCUGGACUGGUAGAACAAAGCAGGCGACGCAUCGUAGAACUAAAGAGCAAAGUAGAAGAAGUUCGCGACGCCUUCCCUGACCUCUUUCCGGAGUUAGAAGAUAUAUUGCGACGGCAUGCAGUGCAACGAGAACGGCAGCAGCAGCUGCAGACGGAGAUUCAGUCUCUCAACAGAGUUCUUGAGGCCAGCGAGCAGCGCGUCAAGGAGACAACAGACAGCCUGGCCGCUGCUACCAGCUUGCGUGUCUCGACGAAGCCCGCAGUGUCCCUGGCCUCUGUCAUAACAGGUCUCCAGGCGCAGCCUGAUCCUGCUACAGAGGCAGUAGAGGACUCUGAAGAAAUUCCUACACUGGACUGA